AUUUUCUCCGACACAUGGAAGUCACAUGAUUUGACAAGAUGGAGGAGGUGGAUAAAAUUAUUAUUGUUUCCCUUCGAACAAUCGGCUGUGAUAUUGAAGAUGAAAUAGCCAGCCUGAAGGAGUUCUCCACUGAAUUAAUUGUGUCCUCUGCUGUACAAUGUAUUAAAACAAUCCUAAAGCAAGAUGUGGACUUGCCAAACACCCUACCUGGUGGCAUGUCUGCCAGAUUCCGCAUGGGAACAGGGCUUGCAAACUACAUACAGGAACUGGGAUACAAGGGAGAAAUUGGCUACCAGACAUUUUUGUACUCCAGUGAGUCUGAGAUUAGGAAAGUGUUUAUGUUUUUGGUGGACAGACUGCCCAAGGAUACAGUAGAGACAACAGAGGAACCCAUGGGUUCUUCCGCUUUGCUACAGAGAGCCAUAGCAUCCACAGUAUUACGGCAGAUGAACUCGCCGUGGAUUUCUCCCAAUCUCAAAAAAGAUUCUAUCACAUGGAGGGGCAAACCUCCAAUGUGGCAGAGAGAGGGUUCCUGUGCUAUGUGUAACUACCAUGCCUCCAAGAUGAAGUUCCCAAGUGGGACAGGAGAUCUUACAAAAAAAGUGCCAAAAGAGCUUAAAUCUUACUACUGUGAAUGUCUUCCAUAUAUAACAAAUCAAACAAGAAAUCACAAAGAUACAGCGCCUUCAAUACUAGAAGAAAUAGCAAGUGAAAUAUCUGCCCAACUUGAGUGGGAAAAUGAAUGGAAUAGCCAGGGACUAGCAUCUAGACUAUCUGAACAGGAAUACAAAGCCAAAAAGAGACAGAGAAUACAAAAACGACUAGCUGAAACUCUUCGCCAGGAUUUCAAGAGGAGCCAAGAAGCUUCUUCCUCUCGGUCUGCUCAAGAUCUACAGCAAGUGUUGGACAAGAUGGGGAGUCGAACAUCUGCCGGCAAAACCAAGGGGUCAAGGUUCACUCACACCGAGCAGCUUGUGUUUGCCAAGGAUGAGGUGGUAUCACAGACUGGAACUGAGGCAGAAAAACCUCACACAGAAGAGGAGCUUCAGAAAAAGAGAGAAGAAGAGGUGCUAGGUUUAAAGGAAGAACUAGAGAGCUUAAGCUCAAAACUCGAUCAACUAGAUUUAGAAGUAAAGAAAUACAGUGCUGGUGUGAAACAGAUGGAGGAGGAGAUAACCACACAGACCAGACAGAACAUAGAGAAGGAGGAGAACUAUAAAGUCAAAAAGAGGACGCUGGAUCUCCUACCCGAUGCUGAGAAUAAUAUCGCAAAACUACAGGGAAUAGUAGAUUCUAGUGCCCAGAAGUUAGUGACCCUGGCCAACCAAUGGGAGAAACACAGAGUGCCUCUCAUAGAGCAAUACAGGGAACUGAAAGAGCUCAACUCUAAGAAGGAGUCAGAGGCAGAAAAGAAAUUGGAAGAAAUAAAGGUAUUCCGACAGAAAAUGAAGGAAGUAGCUGAUGAUGCAAGAAGUAAGGAGGAAAUGCUCAAACACUUAAAUGCUGAGUAUAACAGCAUGAAUAAGGAUGAGAAAAGAUCUGGGUAUACCAAGAGGAUGAUGGAGAUCAUGUCCAGCAUCAAGAAGCAGAGGGCUGGAAUAGACAAGGUUCUUACAGAUACCAAAUCAAUACAGAAAGAAAUUAACAGCCUGUCUGGGAAAUUAGACAGGACAUUCACAGUCACAGAUGAACUUAUCUUCAGAGAUGCAAAGAGAGAUGAAUCGGUGAAGAAAGCUUAUAGAUACUUGGCAGCAUUGCAUGAGAGCUGUGAACAGCUUGUUCAGACUGUAGCAGACACAGGGGUGAUCAUGAGAGAAAUCAGAGAACUAGAAGAUCAGAUUGAAAAUGAAAGCAAGAACAAAGUAUUAUCCAACCUGGAAAAGAUAACAUCAGACUACCAGCAAAUGAAGAAAGAAAACCAGUCCAUGGUAGAGAAAAUAAAGCACAAAUCCUGAUGUUGAACACUUUGAUGUUAACUGAAAAAAAAAAUCCUUCAUGUUGACACUUUACCAUUUUAUGCAUGCUGCCUGCAUACACCAUUAACUAUAUUUCUGUGAUAGAACUGAUGUCAAAAUGAUUGGAUAUGAAAGUUUACAUUCCAGCAUAACCAAAUGUGUCUGGCUUGUUUUCAGUAUGUUUGAUUCACAUGUGAAGAUUGCUUUUUUACACGAUUUUUCACAUUAAGUAAGUUGUAAUUGAACAGCGGUAUGAUGCAAGUAUGUUAUAAUUGGUGGCAUUUUCCAUUGAUUGAAAGUAUCAGUACUUAUUUUAAAUGAGGCUAGGAGGUCAAUUACUGUAAGGUUUCAUAGAUACCUCUUUAUACCAAGAACAAAUUUAUUUUUGGAUGAUUAACUCAGGAAUAAAAUGUUCUUAUAUGCUAUUACCGGUAGCUGGUUAUAAAUGAUUGUAAAUUACUUAUUAAAUUGUUUUUGCAUAAAGCUUAAAAAGUAUUAACUUGCUGAAGAAUUUUUUACAAAUUGUAAAUUAUGGUUAAAUUCCUUUUCACACAAGAACAUUCUCACCAUGUAUAUACCAGGUAAUUUUUCAUUCAAUGUAUUAAGAGUGAAGUACAUGCUUCGCUUCUGGUAAAAUGAAUUUUUUGUUUAAUAUAAUUUACAAAGUUAUGCAAACUGAUUGCUUUUUUUUUCCAUUAAGGAGAAUUUCUUGAUUUCCACACAAUACACAACUAAUGCUUAAUUUUAUACAUCAUACAGUGACACGUGAAUUAUUGAUUUACAUGGAAUGCAUAAAUACAGGUGCCAUGUACAUGUAGUUUUUUUUCCUUUGAUUCAGGGAGGGGGAAUGAAAAUGUUUUUUCUUAUAACUUAGAAACAAAGCUUUUUUUCCUUCAAAUAUUAUCACAUGUAACACUUGCUGAACUUGAGAACAGACCACCAAAUUCUGGUGUCUGAUUUCCAAGUUUAAGAAUGCAAAGCAGUUUUAUUUUUCUUCCCAUUUGAUACAAUUUCAUCUUAUCUCAUCAAACCUCAGUAUGAUAGUAAUAGUUUUGGUCUGUUUGGUUUUUUUUGUUAUAUCAUUAAAAUAAGUUAUGCUUGUAUUUGGAAUAAAAGCUAAAGGAUUUCAAGAUUGACAUACAACUUGUGCAAUAUUUAAAAUUAUAUAGUACCAUUAUAUAUAUAACCAAAGCAUUACGUUAGUUAUAUAUACGUGAUAAAACUUUUAUCAAUAAAUUGCUUGAAAUAUGAA